AUGUGAGCCCAUGUAUAAAGGCCCAUCUAGAGAUCCAUGUAUAGGAUCUAUAUAUCCCACCCUUCUAGGGUUUGGAGGAAUACAUCUUAUUAUUCUCUCCUACAUUAGCUUAAGCUGCUUUUGUGGGGUACUUGUGCCUUUUAUUUUCCUUUUUCGUUUGAUUUAGUUAUGUUCUACCUUGGCUAACUUUUCUGUGUGGCAUACAUAAUCCUAUGAUAGAUCCUAAAAAGGGAGCAAAAUUUAGUGUGCAUCUUUUUCUGAUAUAUCUUAGAUAUUGUUACUAUAAUGAUCUGCAGCUAAGAAACACCUUUUGCAGGUGAAGCUUAAUUCUCAGUACUACUUUUACAUGGAAACACAAACUGCUCUGGCCAUACCUGAUGAGGAUAACUGCAUGGUAGUUUAUAGCUCAAGUCAAUGCCCUGAGACAACACAAAAUGUCAUUGCAAAGUGCCUUGGUUUGCCUUUUCACAAUGUUCGUGUUAUUACUCGAAGAGUUGGCGGUGGCUUUGGGGGGAAAGCUGUUAGAUCAUUGCCUGUGGCGACUGCUAGUGCACUUGCAGCAUUUAAGUUGAGCCGUCCUGUUCGAAUGUAUCUGGACCACAAAACCGACAUGAUUGUGAGUGGAGGUCGGCAUCCCAUGAAAAUAUGCUAUUCAGUGGGAUUCAAGUCAGAUGGAAAGAUCACUGCUUUGCAUAUAGAUUUGUUCAUAAAUGCAGGAAUGACAAAAGAUGUUAGCCCGACCAUUCCUCACAAUUUCAUCGAGGCACUGAAGAAAUAUAAUUGGGGUGCCUUUUCUUAUGAAGCAAAGGUCUGUAAAACAAACACCACAACGAAGUCUGCGAUGCGGGGGCCUGGGGAAGUACAAGGCUCUUAUGUUUCUGAAGUUAUAAUUGAGCAUGUUGCUUCUGCACUCUCCACUGAUGCUAAUUUGGUUAGGCAUAGAAAUCUUCACACAGUUGAGAGCCUUUCUUUGUUUCACAAUGAGUGCAGUGAAGAUGGCAUGGGCUAUACGCUUCCAUCUAUAUGUGGUCAAUUGACUGCAUCAGAAAACUACCAGCACCGUCUUGAAAUAGUCCAGUCUUUCAAAAAAAAUAACAGAUGGAAAAAGCGAGGCCUCUCUUUUGUGCCAAUUGUACACAAAGUAUUAUCUCGACCGACACCUGGAAAAGUGUCUAUCCUUAAUGAUGGGUCUAUUGUCGUUGAAGUUGGAGGCAUUGAGUUAGGCCAGGGGCUUUGGACAAAAGUGAAGCAGAUGGCAGCAUUUGGUCUUGGACAAUUGUGGACUGAUGGAAGUCAAGAGUUGUCAGACAGAAUAAGAGUUAUUCAAGCGGAUACAUUGAGUAAUGUACAGGGAGGGUGGACCACAGGGAGUACAACAUCAGAAUCUAGCUGUGAAGCAGUUCGUCUUGCCUGCAAUAUCUUGGUUGACAGGCUGAAAUCAGUCAAGGAGCAAUUUCAAGAAAAGCAAAGCAGCCUUUCAUGGGAUGAACUUAUUUCCAAGGCAAAAAUGGUUGGUGUGGACUUAUCAGCACGAGAAUACUACAUUCCUGGGCCUUCUGGUUCUUAUCUAAACUAUGGAGCUGCUGCUAGUGAGGUUGAGAUUGAUCUUCUCACUGGGGCCACCACUAUUUUGCGAAGUGAUCUUAUAUACGACUGUGGCCAGAGCUUAAACCCUGCCGUGGACUUGGGGCAGGUCUGUACAAUGUGUUUGAACGUAUUUAUAUCGCUCUUUUUCACCUUCAGAAAUCUGCAGAUUUGUUUUACACAUGCACUUUAUGCAAAUUUGGAUCUUGGUGCCACUGGGAAUAAUUCUCUACAGAUAAAUACUGAGGUUGGGGAUUACUGAGGUUGGGGAUGGCGCCAAUACACUUUUUUGGAAGGAUAAAUGGCUCGCAGGAAAAAAAAUAUCCAAGAUAUUGCGCCUCACGUCUAUGCCUUGGUCUCAAGAAGAACAGCUGCUAGACGUUCUGUUCUUGAGGCCCUGAUCAAUGAAAAAUGGAUAGAGGAUAUUCAGGGGUCAAUUUCUCCAGAAGCUCUGAUGGAGUAUCUAGUCUUAUGGGAUGUGAUAUCAGAGGUAGACUUACAUGUGGGGGUUCAGGACAAACAUAUUUGGAGGCUUUCCACCUCAGGACAAUAUACAGCACGGUCGGCUUAUGAUGCUUUAUUUCGGGGGGGCAUUUAUUUCAGACCAUAUGAAAGGAUUUGGAAGUCCUGGGCUCCACCCAAAUGCCGUUUUUUCAUGUGGUUAGUCGCUCAUAAUCGGUGCUGGACUGCUGAUCGCUUGGCUCGUUGAGGCCUUCAACAUCCAGAUAAGUGUCUUUUGCGUGAUCAGGAGGACGAGAACAUACAGCAUUUGCUCAUUGGGUGUGUGGUCGCCAGGCAGUUUUGGUACUCCCUCCUUCAUAGCGUUGGCCUCUCUCAGCUGUCUCCGGCGGUUAACGACUCUCCUUUCGACGCAUGGUGGGAAAGGGUGGCAGCAGCAGUUACUGGAGAUGUGCAAAGAGGGCUAAACUCGCUUAUCAUCCUUGGUGCUUGGUGUAUAUGGAAGCAUAGGAAUAACUGCGUUUUUAAUGGGGCUUCCCCAAGUGUUGCCAGCAUGCUAAGCAUGGCUAGAGAUGAGGCUCAUUUGUGGACCCUGGCAGGUGCCAAGGGUCUUGCCUCUCUCUCGGUCAGGGUUGUUGGCUAGGAUGUUCUUGUCCAGGGUCUUGGGUCGAUCUUACAUGUAACAGGCGAUUUAUUCCCCCUCUAGUUUGGGUGUGUGUGGGGGUCUUUCUGUAUGACUCCAACCUUCUUCUAUUAAUACAAUGAUACGCAGCUCUCCUGCGUGUUCGAGAAAAAAA